GAGGGGCGGGGCCCGGGCUGUGGCGAGAGUUCGCUGGCUGCAGCGGGGCGUGCUCACUGACUGUGGGAAACUCGUUCCACAGGCACAGAAGGGGUUCUUGGACUCCCUUGGGGAAAGGGAUCGUGCUGGCUCUGGAGGAACGAAGCUCCCAUCUCCCGGUUGGAAACCCAGCAACAGCAUGAGUCUGCAGUGGACUGCAGUCGCCACCUUCCUCUAUGCAGAGGUCUUUGCCGUGCUGCUUCUCUGCGUUCCCUUCAUCUCUCCCAAGAGAUGGCAGAAGAUUUUCAAGUCCCGCCUGGUGGAGUUGGUCGUGAGCUAUGGCAACACCUUCUUUGUGGUUCUCAUCAGCAUUCUCGUGCUGCUGGUCAUUGAUGCUGUACGUGAGAUUCGGAAGUAUGACGAUGUGACUGAGAAGGUGAACCUCCAGAAUAACCCCGGAGCAAUGGAGCACUUCCACAUGAAGCUUUUCCGUGCUCAGCGGAAUCUCUAUAUUGCUGGCUUCUCCUUGCUGCUGUCCUUCCUGCUUAGACGCCUGGUGACUCUCAUCUCCCAGCAGGCCACUCUGCUGGCCUCCAAUGAAGCCUUUAAAAAGCAGGCAGAGAGCGCCAGUGAGGCGGCCAAGAAGUACAUGGAAGAGAACGACCAGCUAAAGAAGGGAGCUGCUGUUGACAGACGCAAGUUGGACGUUGGGGACACUGAGGUGAAGCUGGAGGAAGAGAACAGGAGCCUAAAGGCUAACCUGAAGAAGCUGAAGGACGACCUGGCCAGUGCCAAGCAGAAACUAGAGAAAGCUGAAAAUGAGGCCCUGGCCAUGCGGAAGCAGUCAGAGGGCCUCACCAAGGAGUACGACCGCCUGUUGGAUGAGCACGCCAAGCUGCAGGCCUCGGUGGAUGGUACGACGGACAAGAAGGAGGAGUGAGCGCCUGCCUCCUCCCCUGCCUGUAGCCGCUUCCACCUGGCACGUGCCCGCUGCUUCCUGGGAGCCUGGCCUCUGCUCUGGUACUUCAGUUCACUCCUUUCUGUUUCCCCAUUCCCUUUCACAGCUUGUUGCUCGUCAUUGGCCCUUUCCCAUGCUCUCCCAGCGCACCUCAGGGGACCUGAUUGUCACCCUUUCAGAAUGAGUUUGCUGUCACCCUGCCCACAGAGAAUGUGGAGGGCAGGUGGGACUCAGCCUGCCCGUGGCAGACCUUGCUUCCUGCUGGUUUGAGCCCCCUUUGGUUUUGCCGGGUUGAUGUUUUCUCUGGUGCUGCUGGAGGGCGGGUGAAGCCGGCUAGCUAGAGUUCCCCUCGGGGGCAAUAAAGGUUCUGACGAUGAUGACAUGGA